AUGCCUUCAUCCCUUGCGUCCAUCCACAAGCGCAAUGCGUACGGCAAAGACGCCCACACCUACUACCCCGUGCUCAUUGUCGGCGCGGGCGAGUCUGGGGUAGCUAUGGGCUGCCGCUUAAAAGAAGCGCUAGGCACCGAUCAAUUUCGCAUUUUCGAUCGCCAGUCCGGGAUUGGGGGUACGUGGUGGAUUAACCGCUAUCCCGGUGCGGCGUGCGAUAUCCCGGCGAUUUUCUACUCGUUUUCGUUCUGCCCCAAGAAGAACUGGACCACGCUGCAUCCGUCAGGCCCGGAAAUUGCUCAAUAUCUGGCCGAGGUCUGCGAGAAGUACCAAAUUGUGGACAAGAUCCAGUUCAACACCGACGUCAAGCUGAUCAGAUGGAUUGAAGCGGACGAGGAAUGGGAGGUCACUCUGUCGCACUUGGUUCCUGGCACUGGUGAUUUGGCAUCGCACGAGCGCGAAGCCCGAGUGGCCAGUGAUGGCCCCCAGAGCGUCUAUGUCAAAGACGAGAUCGUGCGAGCGAAGGUCGUGGUCAGCGGCGUUGGCGGCUUGGUAGAGCCUAACCAAUGGCCACAGGAUAUUCCUGGGUUUGAAGGCUUUAAAGGCGAAGUCAUGCAUACGGCUCGAUGGAAUGAUAGCAUCGAUCUGAAGAACAAGGAUGUUAUCAUGCUUGGCUCCGGCUGCAGUGCGGCCCAAGUCGUCCCUGAGAUAGUAGAAGAUGUCCGUUCUGUCACCCAAAUCAUGCGCACGCCUCCCUGGGUGCAGCCAGACCUCCUCACUCCCGAGGAGCUGGCUAGAUAUGAGGAAGUUAUGCCCAAGCUGAUGACCUACAUCCCGGGACUGUCCCUAUUUGUGCGGUACCAGAUGUUCUGGAGGUGCGAGAUGAAUUUCCUCGAUGUAUUCACCGAAACCUCUCGCAGUCGUCAAGUACGGCGGCCGCGGCUUGAAAAGAAGUUCCUGGAUCAUAUGCGCCGCGUUGCACCGAAGGAAUACCACGAGAUCCUGACGCCCAACUACAGCUUCGGCUGUAAGCGGCGCAUUGUCGGCGGCGCAUGGUAUCGCAGCCUAAAUGCUCCGAAUGUCGAGCUAACGACCCAGCCGCUGACUCGCGUGCACGCGAAGAGCGUCACGAUCGGUCCGGGCCGUCUCUACCCGCCCAGUACCACGACCAGCUCCACAGACGAAGUCCGCGAGAUCCCCGCCGAUGUGAUCAUCCUGGCGAAUGGCUUCUCUACGAAUGUAUGGCUGCACCCGUUGCGGGUGAUCGGCCGAGGAAACAAAGACCUCCGAGAUCUCUGGGACGAGCGUGGAGGCGCCCAGGCAUACCAGGGUAUUGUCAUGGAUCACUGUCCGAACUUCUUCAUGCUCUUUGGUCCGAACACGGCGACGGGCCAUACGAGUGUGAUUUUUGCAACAGAGAACGCGGUCAAUUACUCGCUGCAAUUCAUCAAGCCUAUCUUGAAUGGCGAGGUGAGCUCGUAUGAGAUUAAGGAGGGGGCCGAGCGCGCUUGGACAGAGAAGCUGCAGGCUCAGAUGCAGAAGACCGUGUUUCGGAAGGGGAAUUGCUCGAGUUGGUAUAUUACCGCUGACGGCUGGAACUCAAGCACAUAUCCAUAUUCUCAAAUCCACCACUGGUGGCGCUGCAAAUUCCCCUACUGGCGUGAUUGGAACGCAAAACUCACAAAGAAGGGAAAGACGCUGCAGUCAAUCCGGCGUGCAGUCCGAGCUUUCGCUCUCGUUGCCUUGUUUGCGGGACAUAUGUGGCUUCGACAGAAUCCACAGAGGCGGACCCAAUUGGUGCAGGCGAUGUUGGCCAGCAAGAAGUGGAUAUUGUCGACGGUGCAGAAGUUUCUGGGAGCUCGUUGA